AAACAGAGAGCAGCUCUCUAAUGAGCAGCGUGUUUCCGCCUCUAGCCACUUACUUCCGGUUCAUCCGCCGGUUACGCGCCCUGUCCUUCACUUCCGGUCGCCGGGAUUCCGCUGUGGGUAAUUCCUGCGUCCGCUGCCCCUGGCUCUGCCGCUCUCCAGGUUGAAAUUUUCCCCCUCGAUAUUUUUCUGAUUGGACUGCCUCGUCAUAUGUUUCAAAGAUGGCUGUUCCUCUGAUUGUGAAAUGGGGUGGACAGGAAUAUUCAGUGACCACACUAUCCGAAGAUGAUACUGUGCUAGAUCUCAAGCAGUUUCUCAAGACCCUUACAGGAGUCCUGCCAGAGCGACAGAAGUUACUUGGACUCAAAGUUAAAGGCAAACCAGCAGAAAAUGAUGUUAAGCUUGGAGCUCUCAAACUGAAACCAAAUACUAAAAUCAUGAUGAUGGGAACUCGUGAGGAGAGCUUGGAAGAUGUCUUAGGUCCACCCCCUGACAAUGAUGACGUUGUCAAUGACUUUGAUAUUGAAGAUGAAGUAGUUGAAGUGGAGAAUAGAGAAGAAAACCUCCUGAAAAUCUCUCGCAGAGUCAAAGAGUACAAAGUGGAAAUUUUAAAUCCUCCCAGGGAAGGGAAAAAACUUUUGGUACUAGAUGUUGAUUAUACUUUGUUUGACCACAGGUCUUGUGCAGAGACUGGGGUAGAAUUAAUGCGGCCAUAUCUUCAUGAAUUCCUAACAUCUGCCUAUGAGGACUAUGACAUUGUUAUUUGGUCUGCAACAAAUAUGAAGUGGAUUGAAGCUAAAAUGAAAGAGCUGGGCGUGAGUACAAAUGCAAACUAUAAGAUCACCUUUAUGUUGGACAGCGCUGCUAUGAUAACAGUGCACACUCCGAGGCGAGGACUCAUCGACGUAAAACCUCUUGGUGUAAUAUGGGGAAAGUUUUCAGAGUUUUACAGCAAAAAAAACACCAUUAUGUUCGAUGACAUAGGAAGAAAUUUUCUAAUGAACCCACAGAAUGGACUAAAGAUAAGACCUUUCAUGAAAGCACAUCUAAAUCGAGAUAAAGACAAAGAAUUAUUAAAGUUGACCCAAUAUCUCAAGGAAAUAGCAAAAUUAGAUGAUUUUUUGGAGCUAAAUCACAAGUAUUGGGAAAGGUAUCUUUCAAAGAAGCAAGGACAGUAACUAAGUUAUGCUGACAGUUACUGAAGAUACUUGAGACCCAUGAACUUCUUGCUGUUAUGCUAGAAAUCAUUCUGAUAGUGCUGGACACUGAAGCAAAUACCAGACUGCUUAUACUUGGUCUUCCAGUGUUUUGUAAAUUUAAUUUUAUAUUUUUUGAAGAUCAUAGCAAUAUGCUUUAAAAGAAAUCCAUUUUUCCUAUAUGUAUAUAAGAAAUAUUAUCCCCAGCAUUGAUUAGUAAGUUUUUCCCCUACACCCCACUCACCUCACAGAAAAUUUGCUCAAAGAUGUUAUUUUGUAACUUUGGAAACAAGUUACAUCUUAUGUUUUUGUCUCAAGUUUUUGUCUCACUAACUCAAAGACCAAACCCAGCUUGAAACUGAAGUUUUUCCUUUUAAAACCCAAAAAAAGUUUUUGAAUAAUGGUCCUCGUAUUUAAGUAUGUUUAAAUUACCAAGUUUUUAAAAAUUCAUUUAUCAUUGACAGAAUUUCUUGUCUGUGUGAUCCACUACUUAGCUCUCUAAAUUCUGAGCUGUCUCUGGUCUGUAUGUGUGACACUGUUCUUUGAGUAAAACUGGAAAUGAUACAAAUGGGUCAUAGGAUGAGAAAUAGAAAACAUAGACUAAAGAAUAAAUAAGGAAAAGAGUGUGCUUCUUUGUAGUGUUAUAAAGCACGCUUGUCUGAAAAAAAAAAUUGCUCUAAAAGCAAUUAAAGGCAGUCACUUUUAAAGUGGGACAUAUCAUUGUUUGAACCCUAAAAGCAUGAACAGUUUUUGUUCUGUUCCAGCUGUUUCUGUCUAAGUGCAAACAGCGUGCUGCAGUAAAAAUAUCACCAUAGGAAUAAAAAAUUGCAUUGCUUAAGUCUGCACUAUAGCUUUGUAAUUGGCCCUGUUUUGUGUUGACAGUAUUGCUUUAUAGAGUUACUGUAUUUGAAAGGAAUCUCAUCCUUUUAAAUGAACAUGGUGUAUAUUGUUCUUAUGGGACUAUUUCAGUGGUGUAAAUAAUAAAUACCUUUUCUUAAAACAU